GUACGACAGUGUGAGCUUGCCCGACGGUCUAGAAAGUUCGGGCUCGUUCUCAACAUUUGUGAGGCCAUGCACAGAGAGAUGCACACACACAUUCAAUAUGAAUGAGUUGCGUUCGAAUCAACGCAGAGUUGAAUAAAGGAUUAUGAUCUCUCACUUAAAAUAGAGGUUCAAAGACAGCCAAUCAAUGGAUACGUUGUGAUUCGGACAAUACACUCCGAACUGUUCUUUGUGCAUGAUGCCAUGUAAUUAUUUCCACCAUUCAUUCUAACUUUAAGGUUACUUCUUACCGUAUUCUUUCAAAACUCAAACCCUAAGGGAAUUGCUCUGCUCAUCAUACAAAAUGUCCCCUACACUUUACCUCGUUCGCCACGCUGAGGCUGAGCACAAUAUUAAAGUAAGGUUACAUCCGCCUCACUAUUGGUGUUGUGUAUUAACACCUAGAACAGCGUCAAUUCCAUAUUCCAGACCCAGUCUUGACCCCUAGAGGACGCACACAAUGUCAAAAUCUCCGCAAAACAUUUCCCUUCAUAAUAAAAUCGACCUGAUCCUUUCCUCUCCUCAUCGUCGUACCAUCCAAACCACCCUCUUUGCAUUUAGUGAAAUACUUGCUCGACCAGAAGUUCCUUGUCUUCUUGUGCCUAAUGCCCAGGAAGUUAGCUCCAAGCCUUGCGAUAAAGGAUUUCCGUUGGAUGUCUUGAGAGAUAUCGCAAUCCCGAAAUUAUUCAAAGAUGAGGGAUUGAGCUUUGGUGUGGAGAAAAUUAGCUUUGAAUUGAUAAAGGAGGGGUGGAAUUCGAAGGUUUGUGUAUAAUUUUUGCAAAUUCUUUGAGACACCCUCGGAGACAGCAAUAUCUCUUGCGGCAUUUAAAGCUAAAUAUUUUCAGAAAGGCCUCUAUGCACCUAACCAUGAAGCCGUCCAAGCACGAGCUGCUACCCUUCGUGCAUGUCUCUACCAGCUUGAAGCACAACAUGUCGUAUUAGUGACACAUGGAGCAUUCUUUUAUUAUUUGACUAAGGAUGGUGCAGUUGAGAACUUGAAGAACGGUAUUCUUCCUAGAUAUCGCAUUCCCACUUCGCGAGUUUUCUAACAACAGACAGGUGCUGCUUACAACAACUGCGAAUUCCGGACGUUCACAUUCACGAAAGAAUCGACGGUGGAAAAUGCUCAUGUUGUUGAAAUUGGAAAAGAGAAGCAUGAUGUUGAGACUGACAGUACUAUCCUUGUGGAACUAGACGCUGUUAGAUAAUUUUUGAGUAUUCAUUAGCUUUUUCACAAGGCACGUUUCCCUUUGCUUGGUAGGCGGUCAUACUAUCCAGAACUCAUGUGACGAUUUUGCGGGAAUGAUAAAGCCGAUACUGCAA